AUGGGAAGUGGGUCGACAUUGGCGGGGAAGGAAGUUCCCAUCAUCAGUAACGAUGCCGUCAAGUGGAUUGAAUUGUCCGUUCCUUCUUCUCCCAACAGUGCCGCCACUGCUGAUGACAGUGGGACUGCCACUCCUGGACCUCCCAAUGAGGACCGCGCCUCUUGCUUUGUCAUUGGAAGUCCUUCUACUUAUCUGAUAUGGAGAAUUCACAAAACGCAGCCUCAAGCAUUAGAGUUGCUGGAGAUCCGUGCUUCCCAAGAAUUUCCUAAAACUGGAUUGAGGUUCACUUUCGCUGACGCGCUCUGUCCAUUUGCUUUCAUCUGCAAAAAUGAGAUUACUGCCAGUUCUAGAUUCCCCUUCUUGCUUUAUGUAUUAACUGUAUCUGGGGUGGCUUACCUCUUGAAAAUUAGAGAUAUUUCUGCAUAUGCUUCCUGCUCCGUCUUCCCAACUCACGAGCUUACAGAGCUUAAUGUGCGCGAUUAUUCUAAUCAAAUGCCAGUGACUGCGGUGACUGCGACUUCCGGGUGUCUUGCUGUUGGCAGAAAUGAUGGUUCUGUUUGCUGUUUUCAGCUCGGUGUACUUGAUCCAAAUGCUGCUGGAUUUGUGGUUGAGCUUAGAGAUGAAGCUGGAAUCAGUCGAUUGUGGGGCCUUAUGUCAAGGGGUAAAAUGGUGAGUUUGGUACAAGACAUGGUGAUGUACGAGCUUCAUGGUAAAAGAUUCCUAUUUGUACUUCAUUUGGAUGGAUUACUACGCGUUUGGGAUCUCGCAUGUAAUUCCAGGGGAAGAAGAAUUUCUUAUGCAUUACAAGAAGAGUUUGUGGCUGAUCAACUAUUUCAGGGUUCAGAUCAUCUUGCAGAUGAAAUUUUGCAGAUUUCACAUCUAUUAUUUUCAUCUUCCAAGGAUGAUAUGGUGCCUUUUGUAUCUUCAAUUUUCUUACGCAGGCUGCUUCUUCCUGGUGUGCAUCAUAAUUCUGUUUUGCAUGCAACUCUUAUCAAGUAUAAAAAGCACUUGGUGGAAUCUGAGUUCCAAGCGUUAACUACAAAUGGACUAAAAAAGGAGAUACUUUCAGCUAUUGAACAUGAGGUUGGAACUGAAAAGAUGCCCAUAUUUCAAUGCUGGAAGUAUUUCUGUGCCCACUACUUCCAUAAUUGGUGCAAGAUCAAUGCAUCAUGUGGCUUGCUCAUUGACUCCUCUACUAAUGCGGUUGGUUUAAUUAGAAAAAGUUCAAUAUCACUUUUUCGGUCUCUGGAAGAUAUUGAGCGGAUUAUAGAAGGAGAAGGUGGUGAUCUCACAGGUCUUGUGGAUUUACUUGAUGAUGAUCUUGAGCAUGAAAUUCCAACAGAAUUGAUCAGAUGUGUUUUGAGUUUUAGCCAACAGUUGGGCAAAAUGGCUUCUUCUAUAUUUUAUGAGUCACUUCUAAGUAGCCCAGCUAUCUCUUCUGAAGAUAUUAUUAAUUGUAUAGUGAAGAUUCUGGAAACUGGAUAUGGUUCAUUGGGUCCAGUUGUCCAUGCAUCUGUUCCUGGGAAUGAAAUAAUUCUGUCAAAGGAGCUUGCAGAUCAUAGAAAUCUGAGGAGGCUUUCUAUUGAUAUGUUCUUAUCUCUUCAAGGGUUGUACAAGAAGGCUGCAUCAUGGGGCAGGAUAUUAGAUGUAAUUGAGGGUUUUCUGAAAUUUUUGGUUCCACAUAAAACUGUGCACAACUUUGAUUUUGAAAAAUCGUCAAAUGUCAAUUCAUCCGUUGUAGUCCAUGCUACUUAUCAGGUUGCAAAGGUGAUGUAUGAGUCUGCCUGGGACUUUCUUUUAUUCCUAAGCUAUCUAUUGGACAUCAGUGGGCAGAUCCAUAUGUCACAUGGUGAUAUAACCAGAAUACAAACUGAGUUAGUUCCUAUGCUUCAAGAAACUAUUUUUGAGUGGCUAGUUGUCAUCUUCUUUGCUAUCACACCAUCUGCACCAACUGUAAUUGAGGAUUUUAAUUAUAAACUCUCUUCAUUACAAAUCGACAACAUGGGAAAACGGUCAUGGAAUGAGAAGCUUGGAAGAUGUGACUUCACACUGGCUUUUAUCUUCUUGCUGAAUGCUAGAAGUUCAUCCGUGGAUGGUAAUCAGCUUUCUUCAGAAUCUUUUUCAAAUAUGCUUGGCAUUGUUGUCAAGAUUAGAGACUUUGUCAGUUGGAUAAUCUAUGGCCAGUCUGGAGGAUUUUCUACCUUCUUGAGCCGUUCAAUUGAUCUCUCCUUUAUCCUUUUCAAGCAUGGGCAGUAUGGUGCUGCUGAGCAAUUGCUUACAAUGGCGGAGGCUCAUUUACACAAAGAGAAGACGUCCCAAAGUAUUCAAGAAGCUGAUGGUGGAUGGUGCAUACGACAGCAUCUUCUAGGUUGCGCCCUUCUUGCACAGGUGCAGUGUGGAUUGCGUGGCACUCUGAAAGAGAAAAAGGUCUCUGACGCUGUUUGUUGUUUCUUCAGGUCUUCAUCUGGGAAUGGUGCAUCUGAGGCUUUGCAGAGUUUGCCACAUGACAUAGGAUUGCCAUAUCUUAAUUUUGGUGGCUUUGCAUCAAUUGCUGCAUGGAAGCUUCAGUACUAUCAAUGGGCAAUGCAAUUAUUUGAACAGUAUAAUAUUAAUGAAGGUGCUUGCCAGUUUGCUCUUGCUGCACUUGAGCAAGUUGAUGAAGCUCUAUGUGUGAAAGAUGAGAAGCACAUGAGUGACUCAACUGAGGAAUCAGCAACAAUGAUCAAGGGACGUCUAUGGUCGAAUGUCUUCAAAUUUGCCUUAGAUCUUGGCCACUAUUCUGAUGCAUACUGUGCAAUAAUUUCAAAUCCCGAUGAGGAGAGCAAAUAUAUCUGCUUGAGACGUUUCAUCAUUGUCCUUUAUGAACAAGGUGCUAUCAAGAUUCUUUGUAGUAAUAAGCUUCCCCUCACUGGUUUAAUGGAGAAGGUAGAGCAGGAGCUUGUUUGGAAGGCUGAAAGAUCAGAUAUAUCAGCAAAGCCAAACUUGUACAAGUUGCUUUAUACAUUCCAAAUGCAUCAACAUAACUGGCGCCGAGCAGCGAAUUACAUGUACCUCUAUUCAGCUCGUUUGAAGACUGAAGUGGCUCUAAAAGAUUAUCAUGGCUCUUCAUUGAUAUUGCAAGAGAGGCUGAAUGCAAUCUCUGCUGCUAUUAAUGCCUUGCAUCUUGUUCAUCCAGCACAUGCCUGGAUUGAUCCACCAGCUGAUGGAAGUUCUCUUAUGAGUGAACAGUAUCCAAGUAAAAAGGCUCGAAGAACUGUAGACGUAGAUUUAUCUGCUGAAAAUGAUACUGAGUGUCAAAGCUGGCAAUCUUCUGUUGAUCUUGAAAAACUUGAUCAUGAGUUUGUGCUAACGUCAGCAGAAUACAUGCUGUCGCUGGUAAAUGUUAAGUGGAUAUAUACUGGUAAAGAAGGAGCCCUGUCAGAUUUGGCUGAUCUCCUUGUCCAAAACUAUUUAUAUGAUAUGGCCUUCACAAUUCUUCUCAGAUUUUUCAAGGGCUCAGGACUGAAGAGGGAGCUUGAAAGAGUUUUCUCUUCUGUAUCUUUGAGAUGCUGUCUUGAUAAAGUAGAAUCCACUUGGAUUGAGCCACGCAGUAAUUUGUUGACAUCGUCCAAGCUUGAAAUGGUUGUCCAUGGUUCACCUCUUACAGUUUCUACAGCCUCACAACCUGACAGGAAUAGCCAUUGGGCAACUCUGGAGCUUUACCUUGUAAAAUAUUGUGAAUUUCAUGAGAGGCUACCCGUUAUUGUUGCUGAAACUCUUCUUCAGGCAGAUUCUCAGAUUGAUUUGCCUCGUUGGCUGGUUCAAUUGUUCAAGGAGGGUCAAAGAGAAAAGAUCUGGGGAAUGGCUGGUCGAGAAUCAAAUCCUGCAUCUUUAUUUCAACUUUAUGUUAACUAUGGUCGAUAUACAGAAGCCACUAAUCUCUUGCUGGAGUUCUUAGAAUCAUUUGCAUCAAUGAGACCAGCAGAUAUAAUCAGACGGAAAAAGCCAUUCGCGGUUUGGUUCCCAUACACCACAAUUGAGCGACUACUGUAUCAACUUGAGGAGUUGAUCAAAAUGGGUCACAUGGUAGAUCAAUGCGACAAGCUGAAGAAGAUGUUAUAUAGUUCUUUGCACAAUCAUCUUAAAUUGUUAAAAGAAGACUCGGAUGAUGCUAUUUCUGUGGCUUGUUGAUUGGUGGUCAGCUGGACCAGCUAGAGAUCUGUUUUUACCGUUAUGAUUGGAUUUAAAAAUGGAACACCGGGGUCUUGAUGCUUGGGAUACGCGGAACGGUGAAUGUAAAAGCAAUCGUGUGUAGAGACGCCUUGAUCGAUGCGAUGACGAUGGCUGGGUAGGCACAUUCACAGCUCAACGGAAUGUAAAUCUUGGCUGUGGAUAAUCCUGUGUUCUCAGCACCGACACACGAUAAGGACGAGUAAGCUCGUCAGAGCAGCCCCUUGUAGGGCAAAAAUUCUGGACUCUCGACAUGUAUAAUAAGCAUCAUGAUUUUGAUCCCGGAUCCUUGAAUUUUGUAUGGUUUGAGACACAGCGUGUUUUGUUUAAAAGGAAAAAUAAAGCGAGUAGAUGAAUCGAUGUAAAUAUUAGUAAACUGGCUCUCAUAAUUGCGGGGCUUGAUCCUCUCCAAGCGACAAUAUUUUUGUUCGUAUUUCUAAGCUUUCUACUCUA